AGCCUCUCACCCUCUCUUCAUUUCUUCUGAAAGCAUGCCAAUAUGCUGAACACCGAAGAUGGAAUCCCUUCCUGAAAUCACCUUUUUGAAGAGCAUACUCUAGUCUUCCACCGUAGAAACACACCGAUCUAGGAUUCUGUCUUCCUCUCCGGACGGGGGCAAUUCAGCCGAGUGCCAGGUGGAAGCCCUUGAUGCUUAGAAGCCGAUGAGGAGCUCAUGGAUGCUUGUCACAAGGAGAUGCUUCACCCUCCAAAGUGUAAGCAUAAAUGUUGAUGACAGCUAAGGAGACACGGCUACGGAUAGACACGCACACCUUGUAUGUGAAAAUAGAAAAUGCCAGACGAAGCAAGCGGUGGUCUGUUCAGAAGACUCUCCUGCACGAACCCAUUCCACACCAUCAAAUUCUUCGUUGUGUGCCAAGGGUUCCUGCAACUCACUCAGCUGCUGACAUCGGGCUAUAUGAAAAGCACAAUUUCGACCAUCGAGAAGCGCUUUGGGCUGUCCAGUCAGACCUCCGGAUUGGUGGCUUCCUUCAACGAGGUGGGCAACACCAUGCUGAUCAUCUUUGUGAGUUAUUUUGGCAGCCGUGUCCACAGGCCCCGUUUCAUUGGUUUCGGUGCCAUCCUUGUUUCUCUGUCUGGACUGAUCAUAGCUCUUCCUCACUUUAUCACAGGACCCUAUGAAUAUGAACGUUUCGCUUCUGGUUCGUCCCCCAAUGCCACCGACAUGUGCCUCCCCCACCAGAAGGACCCGUCUGACACAGAGGACGUCUGCACAGAAGGCAUGGAGAGAGAAAACCAAGCGGUCCUGGCCUUGCUCUUGAUUGGGCAGACGCUGCUGGGGGUCGGCGGUGUUCCCAUCCAGCCUUUCGGCAUUUCCUACAUUGACGAUUAUGCCAGCAAGAGCAACUCACCUCUCUAUAUAGGAAUCCUCUUUGCUACAACUAGCAUUGGUCCUGCCAUCGCUUUCAUCGUGGGGUCGGUCAUGCUGCGUUUUUAUGUCGACAUAGACAAAUUUUCUCCAUCGGAAAUUCACAUCAACAACAAAGAUCCACGAUGGGUGGGAGCCUGGUGGCUCGGUUUCAUUUUCGCCGCCAGCAUUGUGGCCAUCUCCUCAAUUCCUUAUUUCUUUUUUCCCAGAGAAUUGCCGAAAGAGGAGGAGAGUCCACAAAAGAACAUUACAGAAAUGAAUAAAGCGGACUUAAGGGAUGAGCUUAAAAAUAAGCCUGCAGAUAUGGAAGAUUUCACUCUGGGUCAGUUCAUCAAAAUGUUUCCGGUGGUGCUGAUGAGAAAUAUCAAGAAUCCCAUCUUCGUCAUGGUUAUCUUCGCUCUGAUCAACCUCUCCGGCAUGAUUGCCGGAUUAGCAACCUUCAUGGCGAAAUUCCUGGAGCGCCAAUUCACCCUGACGGCAUCGGUGGCCAAUAUGAUCAUCGGCGUGGUCAACAUCCCUGGCGCCAUGUUCGGUAUCAUCCUCGGGGGUGCCAUCAUGAAAAACUGCCAUCUCACCCUCAAGCAGGCCACCAUCAUGUGCAUGUUCAGCAUGGGCUUCUGCGUCCUCUUCGACAUCCCCCUUCUCUUCCUGGGUUGCCCCACCCAGGAGGUGGCCGGCCUCGACUACUCCGGGAGUUCUGAAGUUGGACAACUUGUCACUGAAUGUAAUAAAAAAUGCAAAUGCAGGUCCUCUUCCUUCAACCCCGUCUGUGGGCAGAAUAACGUGGAGUACAUCUCCCCUUGCUAUGCUGGCUGCUCGGCUCUGAUCUAUAACAGUGAGCUGAACAAAGUUGAGAAUUACACCUCGUGCAACUGUGUCGUGGUCGACGGGGCGCUCGGAUACGCCCUCCCCGGCAGCUGCAGCACCUACUGCUCCCGAUUCCUGCUGCCUUUUGUGAUCAUUGCCUGCAUCUCUGGAUUCUUGGCGAGUCUCUCGCACACGCCGGCCUUUGUGAUGAUCCUCAGGAACGUGAAGCCCGAAGACAAGUCCUUCGCCAUUGGAAUACAGUUCCUGAUGCUCAGAGUUCUUGCUUGGCUGCCUGCGCCGGUGCUGUACGGCAGUGCCAUUGACACGUCCUGCCUCCUCUGGCAAAUUAAAUGUCAAAAGAAGGCAGCCUGCCGAUACUAUAACAACACAGCCUUCCGGCAAAGGUUCGUCGGCGUCCAGAUUUUAUACGAACUGUCCUGCUUUUUGUCCUUUUGCAUCGUGUACUUUCUUCUCAUUCGGCAAGAGAAGCAAGCCCUGCAAGAGGAAGCCAGUGUGGGCCGGUCCCCCGAAUCUGUCGCAGAGUCCCGCGUUUGACCCAUGAUGGGCAGGAUCCCCAAUUUCUCCUUGGGCAGAAGGCGGACUCCAGCUCUGUAUGUCAAGCCUG